AUGACUGCUGUUGAAGGGUAUCAAGACUUUGAUGUGCCGCUGGACUACUUCAAUCCGCAGCCAGAUCACUGCCAACUAGAUGUUGGUAUCGUGGGAGCGGGAAUUGGAGGACUGGCUGCCGCGAUCGCGUUGGCGAAAAGCUCACACAAUAUUACGAUUUAUGAACGGUCCAAAUUUUCCAACGAGGUUGGGGCGGCAAUUGUUGUUGCUCCUAACUGUUCUCGCAUCCUUGACUACUAUGGGUUCGAUUUUGAAAAGGCAGGGGCUACUGUCUUCACAGAGAUGGAAUUCAUCGACGGCUCGACUUUGGCCGUAAACCACAACAUACCGUGCGACCGCACGGCAGAGAAGUAUCACGGCAAGUGGUACGCGCUCCAUCGUUCGGACUUCCACGCUCAGUUGAGAGAUCAUGCUCUCUCCUACCCCAAUGUGCAACUUUGUCUUGACGCAAAAGUCGAGGGAGUGGACACUCGUGGAGUCCUGACAAUGAAAAACGGCGAGGUCGCACACAAGGAUCUUAUCAUCAUCGCAGACGGUGUCAAGCAAGCCUCUAGCGGUACAUUGCAAAACUUUGGGUUCUUCCACGCCGAUGACUUGCCAUUUGACGACGAAGUUUGGGACAUCGAAGCUACUACGGAUGAUAUUCGCAAGGACAGUCAACGCUUGAAUCCAGCCCUCCAAGCUCUAUGCGAGCAUGCUACGCAGCCUAGACAAUGGAGGUUGAUCGAACGCAACAAGCUCAUCGAAAAUCUUACCAAGGACAACGCAGUGCUGAUAGGAGAUGCUGCACACCCGCUGCUGCCGUUCCAAGGUCAGGGCGCCGCCAUGGCUAUCGAAGACGCGGCCGUACUCGGUGUCCUGAUCUCGCAAAUGUCGUCGAGAGCAGAAAUUCCUUCACGAUUGGCGCUUUUCCAGGAGCUUCGCAAAGACCGAGUGUGCGCGAUGCAGAUAUUUUCGAGGCAGCAACAGGAUCACGCUUCCAUGGACGAGGCGGAGAAGUAUGUCAAAGGAAAACUUCCAACAUGUCCGGCAGAGUACCAUGAAUUUGGAUUGCAACCGGAUGUGAUCGCAGAUGCCAAAAUGUUGUUGCAAGAACAUUUUGUGACAGAUGUCAUAAGUCCUUGCGUCCUGUAG